AUGCAAGGUAACUUGAUCAUCGGUCUCCUCUUCGCCAUCCUCCUUAUUGUGGGUGGAAUUGGGUGGGCAGUCUAUUGCUGGUACAGCAGACAUGUAAGCAUCGGAAUCAUGUUUAGCCAGGCGCAUCAACGAGUGAAUCGGGAUCGGCAGCAUGCCGGAGUUGAUCUUGAGAGAGGUGAUGGUCUCCGAGUCCAUAUCCCUCGAUAUACGGGCUAUGGCUGGCAACGGCCGCGAUAUGCUACUAGAGAGCCGGGCUUGCCACAGCCUGACUACGUUCUCCUUCGUCGGGUUGGUGGUGACCACAGCCCAGACCGUCCUGUAUCAAAAUCCAACCUUUCCAACCACAACCGAAAUAAUCAUGAAGGUCACAACCAGUCACAACAGCAGUCACCACAAUCACCUCAAUCGCCACCCCAGCAACUGCAAAAAAAUAAACCAAAACAGAAACAAUCAAAGCAAAAGCAGAAAUCGAGAAGCAAUAACACUGGGAACAACAACAACCAACAACCAAAGGGAAAAAAGAACAACAAGUGGGCCAAGAACAAUAACAGGCAGAAUGGCCAUGCCAAUAAUCAUGAUCGAUCCUCUACUCAGAGAUGGGAUGGACAUUCGAACAAUAACGACAAAGAUAAGGGCAACAGAGAUCGCUGGGACGAUCAACCCCAGUUGAAUAACCGGAGUAAUCAAAACCAGAACCAGAACCAGAACCAGAACCAGAACAAUAAACAGCACGUUGAAACACAUGACCAAAUUGACUGGAACAACGACAUACAUCCUCACAAAGACGAAGCCUUGGAAAGCCGCGGUCGAAGGUCAGGGAGAAGUUACCAGUAUGGAUCGAAUGGCAACCGAAAGGCUCGCAGCGGCAGCCCUCAGAAGGAUUGGGACCAUCGGUCAGGAAGUGGCUGGAAUGGGGUAACGAGGAGCAAAAGCCGAAAUGGAAGCAUACAUGACUACAGCAAACGAAAUUUAAGCCCUGUUAAAGAUGACUGGCAUGUUGCAGAUGAGGAUGAUCCUUGGGCCCCCGAGAGGAAAGCCGCACAGGGCAACGCAUGGGAUGAUUACGAUAACAGGAACGUUUACGCGACAAAUAAUGGAGAGACCACUAAAUGGUAG